AUGGCAGAAUCUCUACCAACCCCCGCUCCCGACCAAGCGUACUGUGAUGUAUCCGCUUUGGAGGCUGGAUUCGUCGACUUGCAAACUGCGAUGUUUAUAGAUGAUGGGAAACCCGACGAGAUCAUUACGGGACCAUGUCUCGCCUUCCUCCUGCGCCAUUCCAGGACCGGGCACAAAUUCGUGUUUGACCUUGGAACUCGAAAGGAUUGGGAGAACUACCCUCCAGCCGUCGUCCAAUGGAUUCACGAGGUCUUCCACUCAAGGGUUCCACAGGAUGCUAUAGAGUCACUCCAGAAAGGCGGCCUGGCGCCUUCUGAAGUAGACGUUGUUUGCCUCUCGCACGUUCAUUGGGAUCAUGUCGGCGAUACGAGACCAUUCAUCAAUAGUACUUUCCUGGUUGGAGGUUCAUCGAAGCCCCUUUUCUCACCUGGCUAUCCUGCCGAUCCCGAUUCUGGAUACGCUAGUGACCUCCUUCCAGAGGGGCGUACCCAGUUCCUUGAUAUGCACGACUGGAAACCCCUCGGUCCAUUUCCCCGGGCCCUGGACUACUAUGGGGAUGGGAGUCUUUACAUCACGGAUGCCGCCGGUCAUUUACCUGGACACAUAAAUGUCGUAGCACGAACUUCGGCAGAUGGCGGAUGGAUACUCUUAGGUGGUGAUAGUGCUCACCAUUGGAGACUCAUUACUGGGGCAUCUAAAAUUGCCGUUGCCCGACCUGGUUUUACAAGUGGUUGCGCACAUCUAGACGUCAAGGCAGCCGAGGAGAACUUGGUACGUAUGCGAGCGUUCAUGCAUUUGCCCAGGACGAGGAUUAUUAUAGCACACGACGUGCAAUGGUUCGAGGAAAAUAAAGGUGGACCGGCAUUCUGGCCUGGAAAGAUUCAGUCCAAGUGA